AUGUAUCGGCAGGCUUUCCGGUCAGCGCAAAUUCGGGCGAGGCCGGAACUGGAGAAGGCUAGCCGAACGACAAUUGCCUACUUUUCCACAUCCCAGCAGCUCGCCGCCAACGCCGAUGCUCCGCCCGCCGGCCCGACGCGACCGCCCAAGAUGGCGACCUCUGGACAGCGAUCGCGUGCCGCGGCGAGCGAAAUCAACUCCCUGGUGAGGAACAAGAGCAGGGGGGCGUCUUCAUCGAGCCAGACGGCAGCAGGGCCGGUCGGGAUCCUGGACGUGCGGAGCCUGCCGCGAGGUGGCCUACGCGGGCGGGGUGGCAUCCGCACCAGUGGAAGAGGAGGAGCAGAAGGCGGUGCGGCCGCUGCUGGACAGACAAGAAACCCUUCACGGGGCCCUUCACCGGCCGGUCUCGGCCGCUUCUCGAGGACGGGCCCGGGAUCGGCCGUCCGUGGAGGUGGACCCGGCCGACGAGGCGGCGCACCGGGAGCGGCGUCUCGCGGCCGACGGGCGCGCGCCGGAAACAAGAACGACGACGACAAGGAUGCCAAAAGGGGGCCUAGGCAAGACCCCUUCGAGAAGAUGGACCCUGUGGAGCAGGAGUUUGACCGGGCGAUGCGCUUUGGCACGCGGGCGGCGUACAACCCGUCGCUGACGCUCGACUCCCUCGCGCCCUUCAUGCCCGCCAGCACAUCUACCGCCGCCGGACGGACCGCCACCGUGAUGCAGAAUCUGAGCAUUCUCGGAACCGCUGACCCCGUCGGCGUGCCGCAGGACCUGCAGGCAAAGGACUACGCCCAGGAUCUCGAGGUCGAAGGCAUCCGCUUCUUCGCCGACGCCAAGGCCAAGGCCGCCACCGAAGAAUACCUCCAAAAGAAGCGCAGGGAGGAAGCCGCCGGCAAGGAGGGCGAGGGUGCCACGACGAGCACGGAACCGAUCGUGAAGGAUGCCGAGGAGGUGGUGAGGACGGUCAUCCUCGACAGGGCCAUCGUCGGUCGGCACGAGAAGCUCGCAUUUGCCGAGGACGCCGUCGGCGUCGCCCGAUCAUGGCAUCUGCGCGCCGAGACGUAUACACAAAAGGACGUCGAAACCUUUGAGAAGAAGCUCAAGUCGCUCCUAAGCAGCAGUGGUGCAAGGGCGAAACCCAAGGCGCCAGCAAAGGCACAGGCAAAGGCGCCUGCAAGGGCUUAG